AUGAGAUUCAUUGGUGUUUCGUGCUCACGUAAUCUCGCGUUGCUGCGUUUUCCACGUGGAAAUGGUCUCGUGUCAAAGGGCUGCGCUGCAGGGUUGUCGACCUCGUCGAGUUUCCCGUUGGCGGACAAAACGUCGAUUUUGGAGCUACUGCAGCGAGUGGCAGACGGAAAAGUGUCACCUCAUGCGGCAAUGGAACUCUACAACUAUGCUGUAGAGUAUCAAGAAGUGGGGCAUUUUGCUAAAAUUGAUACAAAACGAGAAGCUCGAACGGGUUUCCCUGAAGUCGUGUACGCCGAGAGCAAAACGCCGGAGCAAGUGGCGGCUAUUAUGAAAGUGAUGAUUGAUGGAGGUGAAAAUAACGUCAUGGCUUCACGUGUUACGACCCAAGCUGCAGCUGAUAUUCAGGCUUUAAUGCCGGACCAGCAUCUGACGUACUAUGAGGUGCCUCGGAUCUUGGCAUUGAAAUCGUUGGAGAAGGAUGCAACAAAGCAACUUCAAGACGCGGAUAAGAAGGUCUUCACUGCUUGUGUGCUUUGUGCUGGUACUUCGGAUCUUCCUGUCGCAGAAGAAGCCGCUGUGACUCUUGAGCUAGCUGACUAUUGCGUGACUCGAGUCUACGACGUAGGCGUGGCUGGAAUUCACCGCUUACUGCGCAAUCAGCACAUUCUGCGGGCAUCAGAUGUUGCCAUUUGCGUUGCUGGGAUGGAUGGCGCAUUGCCUGGAGUUGUGGGAGGUCUCACAUCCGCACCAGUCAUUGCGGUUCCCACGAGUGUCGGCUAUGGUGCAGCAUUCGGUGGUUUAGCUCCGCUGCUAACAAUGUUGAAUGCUUGUUCACCAGGCGUCGGUGUAGUCAACAUUGACAAUGGAUUUGGGGCUGCCGUUUUAGCAGAUAAACAAUUGAAGAGGAUUGCCGAGUUUGGACGCGUGCAUGGAACCGUUGUACAAAAAGCUAGAGAGUAUGUGAGCAGUAUGGAAAAGCUGCUGGUCAGUCAACUUUUAGAAGAGCGUGCUGCGUUACGUGCACAGGCGGAGGAGUACGUAGCGAAUACGGCUACGGAAAAUGUUUUGCCUGAGCAUCAGGUAGACGGUUUGAAGCACCACGUUACAGGAUUGAAGAAGAAGGUGGAAAAGUUGGAGUGGCGGGUAGAUGUUCUAAGGUCUGAUAUGGAACAGAAUCAUCAGGAGCAACAUCCAGCAAUCUUAUUCCAGGACAAAAUGACAGAAGAGAGAUCGACAGGAGAGUUGGAAAUCUGCUACUCAAUAUCAAUCGUUACGAUGCGAAUGGAUACGAAUUUGCAGUAG